GAUAUAUAUAUAUAUAUAAUCUUUAUCUCAUCUCUUUCUUCACCGACUAUCAAUCAAUCAAUUAAUCCAUCCAUCAAUCACACUUGACAAAAACUCUCCGCUAUCUCCCUGAAUUCGAAAUCUAUCUGAAAAAUAACCUUCAGAUAAUCUAUAUCAUAUCACCACCAUCACCAUACAUUCAACUAGACUUUAUCGCUCUAAAUCCUUUUGCCCCUUUGCACAAUCGCACAAGGAUAUACACGCAAACACCCAUCCACACACACACACACACAAACAGAAUAAUAACUCACCAAGACCCACACAGAGCUGUAUAAGAACAUAAUAUUAUACUUGCCUGUCAUCUUCUGACACCUACGCCGAUCAUCUUCGGUACCUUAUCGGUCUCUUGUCAAUUCAUACAUACCUUUCUCCAUCAUCACGUCAAUUUGCAAAAGGAUUGGUUGGGGUGGAUCUUCAACAAGCCAUUUUUUCUGUUAAAUCUUGAACCCAUUUCCUUGGUGGUCUAUAAAUUCCAUCUCGAAUCACUUCAUCACAGGUUAUCCCCUCAAUCUCAUCCAACUACACAUUCGCAUUUCAUUCUACUCCGUUAUUCUCUCACCACCCUUGCUCGACCGUUUGUACUCUUUGUGGUUUGCAACUCUACUUUUCUCAACCGAAACAUGUCUCAAACCGCUCCAAUGAUAUCACAAUCGACUUAUCCACUAACCGAUGAACAUUUACCAGAAAAUCAAGAAGAAUUUUUCUCAACUCAUCAUCUUCCAAGUCAUCCGAUCUUAAAGACAAUCCCUUCACUCGAAUUUCAACAUCUUUAUAAUCGAUUAAACAAUUGGAAUUCACUUCAUUCUUAUCGAACUGGAAAUGAAUAUCUAUUUCAAAAUUAUUAUCGUGAAAGUAAUUGUGGACCUGAGAUCUUAUGGGCUUUACCACCUAUUCCAGAACAAAGAAUUGAACUUUUAACCAAAUCACAACCUAUAAACA